AUGAAGAAAGUAACAUGCCAAGCAGAUACUAGGCAAAGAUGGAAUGGUAAUGGUGGUGGUGGUGGUCUGGUCUGGUCUAUUCCCUUUGAGUUGCAGCAAAGAACUGCUAAUUUAAUUGGUGACGGAAGGCGCUCUUUAGUCCUGGUUGUUUUCAUUGGAGGGGUAACAUUUGCAGAGAUAUCUGCACUUCGUUUUCUCAGUGCCCAGGAAGGGAUGGCAUAUGACUUGAUUGUAGGGACAACAAAAAUUGUCAACGGCGAUACCUUCACCGAAUCAUUCAUAGAGAAAUUGGGUUGA